UAUAAAUUGGCAGAACAUCUCUAACCAUUACAAAUGUUUUUUUUGUGCAACUUGCGAGUGAAAAUUAUUUUAACUCUCAAUAAAAACAAUUAAAUUGUGUUGUUUAAAGUGCUUGGAUAGCUAAAGGCGGUCUUAACUGCACCAGCACCGCCAGUGAAUUGAAGGCGGGGUUGCGCUUAGCCGGCGUCCAAAAAUCUCUAAAGACCGCCAUGUCAAAAAGUUCCGGACGCGAUCGGGACAGGGAAAGAGAGCGUGAUCGUGAGAGGGAUCGUGAUCGAGAUCGGGAUAGGGACAGAGACCGGGAACGGGACAACCGGCAUGACAGCCGCAAUCGUGACUAUGACAUGGUUAAGUCCAGGAAUGGUGGUGGCGGCGGCGGAGGAGGAGGUGGUGGUGGUGGUUCGCGUAAUCUACGGGAUGACCGGAAGCGCGGCAAGGACAUGUCCAGCGACCGUGGUAGACGCGACGACAAGCGCAGGAAGCGUUCCAGAUCAAAGGACUACGAGAAAGACAACUCACCAUAUUAUAGACGCCUGGACAAGGAGAGGGAUCGUGAAAGGGAUCGUGAUCGGCAGCGGGAAAAAGAUCGAGAGCGUGAGAAGGACAAAGAACGUGAACGUGAAAAGGAUCGUGAGAGGGAUCGUCAGAGAGAACGGGAAUCGGAUGGCAGACGAACCGUUGCACCAGCUCCACUAGUUAUACCCGUGCCAUCGACCAGCUCUUCCGAGGAGGAAGUAGAGGAGAUUGACAAGGAGGAGCAGCAACGUCGACUGGAGCAGGAGAUGAUCAAGCGACGUGAACGUAUCGAAAGAUGGCGGGCAGAACGGAAGCGAGAUACUAAAGCACCUGUCGUGGCACCGACUGUAGUUAAAUCCGCAAAGAAAUGGAGCCUGGAAGAUGAAUCUGAAGAGGACGACAGUACUCCCACACCGCCACCGGAUUCUGGGAAGAAAGACGCCGAACCCGACUCGCCGCCAUCCAAGUUCCAUAGUAUACGUAAGCGUUUCGACGAUGACGUGGUAGAGUCUAAGUUCUCGCCUGUAAAACGUCCCACCUUCAGCAAGUCAUUUGGCGCCAAAUUAGGCAUUGGUCUGGGCCACAAAACCGAGGCGGAUAUCAAGAAAGAGCAACCAGUUGUGGAGGUUAAGAAGGAGAUUAAGAAGGAACCCGAACCAGCUCCCGUUAAGAUGGAGGUCGUUGAGGAGCCCGUCGACAAAAAGGAGGAGAAGGUCAAGAAGGAGCCUGAAAAGCAAAAGGUGGAUGAAAAACCAGAACCCACAGAUGAAGACAAGCCGGAACCUGAAGCGGAACCAGACGACGACAUAGAUCCACUGGAUGCCUACAUGCAGGAGGUUAACAAUGAGAUGCGACGUGUUAAUAAUUUUGUCAAUCCACCUACCAAAGCCCAGGGCGUAGUUAUCCUCACGGGAGUGGCCAAAAAGAAGACGACGACGAUAAAGAAGGGCGAACUGAUCGAACAAAAUAUGGACAGCCUGGAGUAUUCCAGUGAGGACGAAUUAGAAGAUAUACGUGACACGGCUGUUAACCUGGCGAUGAAACACCGCAAGGAGCUGGCCAAGAUUGAUCAUUCCUCUGUGACUUAUGCGCCCUUCCGCAAAAAUUUUUACGUCGAGGUGCCGGAAUUGAGUCGCAUGACCACCGGUGAUGUGGAGAAGUAUCGAACAGAGCUGGAAGGCGUCCAGGUUAAGGGCAAAGGAUGUCCGAAGCCCAUCAAGACCUGGGCGCAGUGUGGUGUCAGCAAGAAAGAGAUGGACGUGCUGCGGCGGCUGGGCUUUGAGAAGCCCACGCCCAUCCAGUGCCAGGCCAUACCGGCCAUCAUGUCCGGACGGGAUCUGAUAGGUAUUGCUAAAACUGGCAGUGGCAAGACGUUGGCAUUCAUUUUACCAAUGUUUAGGCACAUUCUGGACCAGCCGAGUCUGGAGGAUGGCGACGGUGCGAUUGCAAUCAUAAUGGCGCCCACGCGCGAACUCUGCAUGCAGAUUGGCAAGGAUAUUCGUAAGUUUAGCAAAUCGCUGGGUCUGCGGCCAGUUUGUGUUUAUGGUGGCACAGGGAUCUCCGAGCAAAUUGCCGAACUGAAGCGAGGCGCAGAGAUAAUUGUAUGUACGCCGGGUCGUAUGAUCGAUAUGUUGGCGGCGAACUCUGGACGUGUAACGAACCUGCGACGUGUCACCUAUGUCGUCUUGGACGAGGCAGAUCGGAUGUUCGACAUGGGCUUUGAGCCGCAGGUAAUGCGAAUCAUUGACAAUGUACGGCCGGAUCGCCAGACGGUUAUGUUCAGCGCCACGUUUCCAAGACAAAUGGAGGCACUGGCCCGCCGCAUCCUCAAGAAGCCCAUCGAGGUGAUCGUUGGCGGUCGAUCGGUUGUGUGCAAGGAUGUUGAACAGAAUGUGGUUAUUCUUAACGACGAUGCCAAGUUCUUCAAGUUGCUGGAACUGCUGGGUAUUUACCAGGAGGCCGGAAGCAUUAUCGUUUUCGUUGACAAACAGGAGAAUGCCGACAUCUUGCUGCGUGACCUUAUGAAAGCCUCGUAUCCCUGCAUGAGCCUGCACGGCGGCAUCGAUCAAUUCGAUCGCGACUCCACCAUUAUUGACUUCAAGUCAGGCAAGGUGAGGCUGUUGAUUGCCACAUCGGUGGCAGCGCGCGGCCUGGACGUUAAGGAUCUCAUACUGGUGGUCAACUACGAUGUACCCAAUCACUACGAGGACUAUGUGCACAGAUGUGGUCGAACCGGUAGGGCGGGCAAAAAGGGAAGCGCCUUUACGUUCAUCACACCGGAACAAUCGCGCUAUGCCGGUGACAUUAUCCGCGCUUUAGACCUAUCAGGGACACUGAUUCCUGCUGAACUGCAGACCCUUUGGACGGAGUACAAAACUGCACAGGAAGCUGAAGGCAAGACAGUGCACACGGGGGGCGGUUUCAGUGGCAAGGGUUUCAAGUUCGACGAACAGGAGUUCAAUGCCGUUAAAGAGAGCAAAAAGCUGCAGAAGGCAGCCUUGGGAUUGGCGGAUUCCGACGAUGAGGAGGAUAUCGAACAGGAUAUUGAUCAGCAGAUUGAGCAAAUCUUUGCUGCCAAGCGAACGGUUAAAGAUACUUCGGCCGCGGCAACGGCAGCAGCGGCGGCUGCUGCGGCGGCUGCAGCUGCUGCUGCUGUUUCGUCCGGAAAUCCAGGCCUUGCCUCGGCAGCGGCUCAAGCAGCGGCAGCUGCUGCUGCCAAUAUGGCAAUGGCAGCUGCAUCGGCAUCGGCGGCGGGUGGUGCUCAAAAUGCAGGUGCUGGAGGAGCUCUCAGCUCUGAUAAACUAGAGUUGGCCAAACGGUUAGCGUCCAAGAUCAACAGUACCAAGAACCUGGAUACUAAGGGCAGUGUGGUGACCGUGGAACCUAUUCUUAAGGGGCCGCAUGUCACUGGCACCGCUGCACCUCUACUGACCGCACGAACGGUGGCCGAACAGAUGGCCGCCAAGCUGAAUAACAAGUUGAAUUACCAGCCCAAGGAGGAUGAGGAGGGUCUGGGCCCACUAAUGGGUGGCACAACCAAUUCCUUUACCAAAUACGAGGAGGAACUGGAGAUUAACGAUUUCCCGCAACAGGCGCGAUGGAAAGUCACGUCCAAGGAGGCACUCGCCCAAAUCUCUGAAUACUCGGAGGCUGGUCUUACAGUGCGUGGAACGUAUGUGCCGCAAGGCAAGAAUCCACCGGAUGGCGAGAGGAAACUGUACCUGGCCAUCGAGAGUUGCAGCGAACUGGCCGUGCAGAAGGCCAAGCGUGAGAUCACACGCCUGAUCAAGGAGGAGCUGCUGAAGCUAAGUUCCGCUCAUCACGUAUUUAACAAGGGACGCUACAAGGUGGUCUAAACUAAACUUGUCAAGCCUCUCGCAAUGCUUAGAUAUAGAUAUGAUCAGAUAUAUAUAUAAGGAAUUGUUUGUGGCAUCCAUUGAACGCCCAUGCGGAUUUAUCCCCAUUAAAUUAAUUGGAUACAAGGAUUGUGUUUAAAUUGAAGAUGAUUUUAGAUUAUUUUAAACUCAAUUAUUAUUUGCAAAAUUUGUAAAAUUCAUUUGUUAAUAUAUUUGAUUGUAUGUAUCCAAUUAGAAACUAACAAAUUUUCAAAACUUUCUUUAUUAAUUUGCCAAAGCAAAUGGAUUUCUUAAAUCUGUGCAGAGCUCUUUCCUUGUAAUUUUAAAUCAAGAAAAUAAAUAUAUUUCUUAAAACUUCUCUUAAUGAAAAGAUAAA